UUGGAUUGACAUUUACUUUCAGGUUGUGUAUCUGGAUCAAAUGGCUUCUUUGAUGGACAAGUUGGAUCAGAAACGACAGGAAUAGAUCAUUACAGAGAACCUUUCUAUCACCAUUUGUGAUUUUGUGAUCACAUAGCUUCAUACGUGAACCAUUAGCGAUUCAUUUGUUUUGUACGUGUUGGUUAUUUACGUACAAAUUAAAUGUCAGAAUGACGAGUCUCAUCUGGCAACACGGCAAUAGGAAAAAAAGUUAAGACAAUUCUUGCACCCGUACAAUUAAACGCACAAUCUCUAGUCAAAAGAAAUACAGAUAUAUGCGUGCCAAAGCAUCUUGGAAUCAAUUUAAUUUGGCAAAUACUUGAGCUAUGUACAGAAGAUGAAAUGAUAUCAGUGGAAGAUUGAUGACUUUCAGAUAAACACAUUGUGAUGAUUUCUGAGAAAGAUAAACUUCGUUUUACAGUCUGAAAAAUACCUGGAUUUAAAUACCUCAAUGUUAAUAUAUAAUGCUAGGAACUGACAUUGGUGUUAAUCAAUCAGUAUGAAAUAUGUUCUGUGUAAUUUGAACAAACAACUCAUUAUUGCCUUUAAGGGACAAUUCCAAGACAUAUGUAGAACAGUCAAUGGCUAUAAACAUGCCAAAACAGACACUUGCUUUAUACAAGUUUUGAGAAAAAUGUAUUGAAAUAUAUUCAUUGAGCGGAAAAUCCUGCCUGUGACAUUUGAUUGUACGGAAGAGUAUGAUAGUUUAUAUUUUAACGCGGGAAUGAAUGUAUAAUGAAUUGCUGAUUAAGCCGUUUUCCAUUUCUACCUUCUUGCUGAUUCAUUUUUCAAAUCAGAAUGGAAAGUCUGACAGAGGAGAAUGUUACUAACAUUAAUGUAACGCUUUACGACAACAACCAAACGUGGUCUUUCUUUCCACCACCGCCUCCGGCGCCACCAAAAGACGUGUUGCUAAAUUUUAAAAAAUAUGCAUAUAUUAUUACAUGCGUAAUUGGUAUUAUUGGAAAUAUUAUCAUAUUUUUUGUAUUUACGAGGACCAAACUGAAGAAACCGUCUACUGCAAGGUAUCUAGCAGCUGCUGCUGUUGCUGACUCUGGUUUUCUGCUCGUUGUUAUGUGUGUUAAUCUUGAAGAGUUCUACAAGAUUCGGGUACACUCUGUGAUAGGACCUUGUCAACUGAUUACAUUUGGGGAUCAUGCUUUCUCCUUUCUGUGUAGAUGGUACCUUACGGCAGUCAUUAUUGAGAAAUAUAUUGGAGUCAUGUGGCCGCGCAAGAAAACUAAAAUGUGCACAGUUUUCCGAGCAAAAUGCGUUAUAAUUUCAUUAGCUAUUAUAAGCAUAGUGAGUUAUUUAUAUAUGACGUGGUUUGUAGGUGUGUACGGAGAUCCACCAGUCUGUAGGUUGUUCUACAGUAACAAACAAGUUUUAGAAUCAUGGAAAAUACUCACCAAAAUGGACUCGAUAGUUAACUUUGUAGUUCCAUACUUAACAAUAUUUUUAUUAACGUGCCUUAUUGCUUAUAGAAGUUGGGAAUAUCACAGAAGGUCAAUGACGGCAAGUGAGAGAUUCCUGCGACGAAGACGAGUAACAACUCCAGAAGACAAAGAAUUUAAGACUACACCAUUACUGAUUUUGCUAGCGAUGAGUACAUUGAUUCUUAGUAUUCCAAACAGCGCCAUGAGAAUUCUUGCAUUUUCUGACGAUUUUAGACCUACGGAGUCCACUAUGAUGAUGAUGCACCUUUUUCAUUAUUUUGUAGUUCUAAACAGUGCUAUCAAAAUUUGUAUCUAUUUGAUAGCAUCAAACGCGUUUGCACGUCAGCUUGGAAGAUCAUUUUGCAUGCUUAAAAGUGUCUUGAAAAAGUCUGACGAUUCGGAACUGCAAACGCGGCAUAUCACAGAAAAAAUGGACGGUGUUGCUAUAGAGGGAAAGGUGUGAAAUGGACAAUAUCUGUCAUAUUUUUUCCAAUACUUAUACUGCCUUGUUUUUGGAGUAAAUUAGACAAUCAUCCAAAACGCAGAUCAAAACAAUUAGAUAUACCUGAUAGAAACGAUGCACACAUUAGUUAAUUGCUACAGUCAUGUAUUGAGUAAUUAAACAAUAAAGAUUAUGGAUGUAAUAGAACAAACAUCAGUUUAUAGACCAUUCAUCUCCAAAUCAGAAGACAAACAUUGUUUAGAUGAACUGUGCUUACUACAAUAACAUGAAAAAACUACCCACGAUGUGUAACAAGUAUGAAGACGAGACAAAUGUUCCAAUAGUUUUUCUCUUUUUUUUUGCAUGAAAAUACAAAUAUAUUUUGCUAUCACCAUCUUUUUCUCUGGGACGAUACUUUGUCUAUGCGAUGGAAUUUUAGUUAUAUGUUACAUACAUGUAUUAGCAUAUUAAUUCUCUGUUAUAUAUUUCUGUAAUCUGUCUGAUAAAUUAUAUUAAAAAGAAAUUAAAGUAUUUCAUAAGAAAAUAACAACAUUAUGCAGUGGAACCUCCUGCUUUAGUUGCCCCCUAUCAAAAGUAGCCACUAGUCUUAAGGCAGUUUUGCACGUUCGGAUCGAAAGUUCUUCUUCAAUGUAGAAUUUCAUUAAACCCUGAUUUAUCAAAACUUCAGAAUAUACUUAGAAAAGUCAGCAAAUAAAAAGAUAGCGUCGUGUU